AGCGCCACUAGAGAAUGUGGCCAAUGAAAAAAGAGCAUUUCGGAGGUUUUUCCGCUUUCCCUGAAGUUCUUGACAGAUCGUACUCUGGAGUGAGAGAGUUCAAGAUGGCUGCCACAGACCGCAAGUAAACCGUUUCCUCUUUUGGAUCGUACGGUGCAUGACGUCCUGAAACUUUGGUGUCAAGUCCUCCUCCACCUUUCUCUCAUCAUGUCCUCUACCUCCUCAUACUCCUCCUCUGGGGAAACGAGUCCCGAGGACGUACCCCGAGGUGGGGGCACCAUCCGAGUCUACCUCCCUAAUAAGCAGAGGACUGUGGUGAAUGUUCGCAGAGGGCAGACGGUGUAUGAGAGUUUAGAUAAAGCUCUCAAAGUCAGAGGCCUCAGCCAAGACUGCUGUGCUGUAUUUCGCCUUCUGGAAGGUCGUAAGAGGCUGACAGACUGGGACACGGACAUCACUCCUCUGGUAGGAGAGGAGCUUUUAGUUGAGGUUCUGGAUGAUAUUCCCCUGACCAUGCACAACUUUGUACGGAAGACCUACUUCAAACUGGCUUACUGUGAUUUUUGCCACAAGUUCCUAUUCAAUGGUUUUAGGUGUCAGACUUGCGGCUACAAGUUUCACCAGCACUGUAGCAGCAAGGUACCGACCGUUUGCGUGGACAUGGACACCGUAAGCAAAAGGUGUGAUCCAGGUCCCUGCACAGAUGAGUAUCCUCAGAUACUCUUGCCAGAAAAUUCUCCAUCCCAGAAUAACAUAGCCUUAACUGCAGAACCUGCUGGGAUGGACCUUCUGUCCCCGACAUCAGCCUUUCGCUUCCCCAUGCCCACCGGAGACGGCCAGUCCCUCCAGAGACACCGCUCCACGUCCACUCCCAACGUUCAUAUAGUCAGCACAGUGAGCCCUGCUGUUGCCAGCAUCAUAGAGGAAACACUGAAAUUCAACAACACAAUAGGUCCUGAGCCAUCACCAAAGCCCUCCACCAGCCCACCCUCGUCUUUAAGCUCUCCUGGGCGAAGACCACCCAAGUCCCCCUCGGAGCAUAAGGAGCGAAAGCCUUCUUCAUCUGAUGACAAAAAAAAAGUACAUCGGGGGGGCUACAGGGACUCAAGUUACUACUGGGAGGUCCACUCGUGGGAAGUCACCAUCCUGAAGAGAAUAGGAGCUGGCUCCUUUGGAACUGUAUUUAAGGGCAAGUGGCAUGGAGAUGUCGCAAUCAAGAUCCUUAAAGUCACAGAGCCCACACCUGAACAGUUGCAGGCCUUUAAAAACGAAAUGCAGGUCUUACGGAAAACUCGCCAUGUCAACAUCCUGUUGUUCAUGGGCUACAUGACCAAGCCCAACUUCGCCAUCAUCACGCAGUGGUGUGAAGGCAGCAGCUUGUACCGCCAUCUGCACGUCACUGAAACCAAGUUUGACACCAUGAGGCGCAUCGACGUGGCCAGACAGACGGCACAGGGGAUGGAUUAUCUUCAUGCAAAGAACAUCAUUCAUCGAGACCUGAAAUCUAACAAUAUUUUUCUCCAUGAAGGUUGGACUGUUAAGAUUGGGGACUUUGGUCUUGCCACAGUCAAGUCACGGUGGAGCGGCUCUCAACAGGUGGAGCAACCCAGUGGAUCCAUUCUUUGGAUGGCUCCAGAGGUGAUCCGCAUGCAGGACAGCAAUCCUUACACAUUCCAAUCGGAUGUUUAUGGCUACGGAGUUGUGCUGUUUGAGCUGAUGUCGGGCACCCUGCCUUACUCCAACAUCAACAACAGAGAUCAGAUCAUUUUCAUGGUGGGACGUGGGUACUUGUCUCCGGACCUCAGCAAGCUCAACAGCACCUUACCCAAGUCCAUGAAAAGGCUGAUCGUCGACUGCCUGAAGUUCAAGCGCGAUGAGAGGCCCUUGUUUCCUCAGAUCUUGGUAUCCAUCGAGCACGUGCAGGACCUGCUGCCAAAAAUCGAACGCAGUCGCUCGGAGCCCUCGCUUCACCGGGCCGUCCAUGCCGAGGACCUGAACCCCCUCCUGUUCCACACCACCAGGCUGGUGCCUCUCUGAGACCCGAGCAGCGCUUGGUCGAGAGGCUUGUCUUCCUUUUUUUUCGUUUUUUUUUUUAAAGCACACAGUUCGGAGCCUCCGAGAGGCUUCCGCUGGCAAACUCGAUGGCAAACUCUUCAAUUUGAUCCAAGACUUUGCAGUCCAGCCUGCAGUAAGUCCAACACUACAGGACUGAUCCAAUGGCGUUUUUAGUCGGCUUUUAUGUUCCUCACAUGGCGGCGGCGCUUUGAGAGCAUCUUUCAAACGGCCGUUAGAUCCUGUCACUCGCUGUCACGCUCCGUAAUCCACAAU